ACGGUCCCUCAGCUCAAGUACAGUAUGGCGCGUCUGACUGCAUGUGAACACCAGAUAUCAACAUUCAAGCUGCUGUUCUGAUCUGUUCUGUUCUGAUCUGAUCUGAUUGAGUUUUACCUCAGAUAUCACACACACACGGGUCAGUAUGGAGCACACGCCCGAGAAACAAAGCGAGGAAGUGGAUAUUUAUCGAGACACAUGGGUGAGAUUUCUAGGCUACGCUAACGAGGUGGGCGAGGCGUUCCGCGCGCUGGUGCCUGUCAGCGCAGUGUGGGCCAGUUACGCCGUGGCUACUGCAUACGUGUCUGCGGACGCGCUGGAUAAAGGCAAGAAAGCAGCGGCGGCUCACGGGGAGGAUGCUGGGAAGGCGGUGCGUGUGGGCGUGGCCGUGGUCGACACCUUCGUAUGGCAGGCUCUGGCUUCAGUCGCGAUUCCUGGAUUCACCAUCAACCGCGUCUGUGCCGCGUCUCUCUUCCUGCUGGGGAAAACCACCCGCUGGCCACUUCCUGUGCGCAAGUGGACGACAACCGCCAUUGGCCUCUCCACCAUCCCCUUCAUCAUCACACCCAUUGACAGGUCUGUUGAUUACCUGUUGGACUCCAGUCUGCGGAAACUCUACGGUGAAGGAGAAAAACCUGAAUGAGCCUCAUCACGGCGCUGACCUCUGACGCCCAACACGAGUGCCAGUCUGCAAUCAUCAGCAGAAAAGUGUCUCACAUUGACUAUAAACUGUGCCUCUCAAAGACCUUUAUUUGCAUGUGUCUCACUUUACAGUCAUUUUUUUUUUUAUCUGUGAGGUUAUUUGUUUUGUAUUGCUUGUUUUCAGAUGUUUACUUCAGAUUUGUUGUCAUUUUAUUGCUUUUUAAAAUUAAUAUGUUUGUAGUUUACGGUUGGAGAAUCUAGUACUGUAUGUUUCCAAACUGUACAAAUGAUAAGUGAAGCAGAGUUUCUGAUUACUGUAAUAUAAAUCAAAGUAUUUUACUCUCUGAUAUCUGAUGAUCUGUCGUUCGUGUGUUUCUCAUGUCAAGAGGACGAAGUGACGUUUCUCAUCAAGCCAUGAAUCACUAUGCAAGCUCUGUUCUGAAGGUUCUGCGGGAACACAAAAUAUGGCAUUAUGUAAUAAACACAUAUUUUUAUGCAAAA